UGACCAACCUGAAUAUCGGCCACCUCAAAAACCCCAAACUGAAACGAAAGCUUAAACCCUAGCCCCGAAAGGCCGAAGCCAAGAUAAAAAACGCCCAAAAUUCAAAAACCAAGGCCAGCAUAACGACGUUCAUGGCGACCCGACGGCCCCAAGCUCUGACCCGCCACGCCUCCGCCCUCUUCUCCAAAAACCCUUCAUUCCACUCCCUCCCAACCCCACCUCCCCUCCCCAUCUACCAACCCCUCAAAACCCUUACCUCCAAUUUCUCUCUCAUUUUCUCCAACCCCGAUCCCACUCGCUCGCUUACCCGCCAUUUCUCUUCGAAACCCCGAAUCGGCGACGUAAAUGAAGACAAUGAGCACAGUGACGAUGAUGAAGAUGAAGAUGAAGAUGACGAUGAAAGUGAAGGAGUUGGGGACAGUGAGGACGAGAGUGCGUACCGCUGCAGCGGUUCGAAAGGAGAGUAUACUCCAGAGGAGAAAGAGGUGGAGGCUGCCGCCAUUGGGUACCAAGUGAUUGGGCCGCUUCAGAGGUCUGAUCGGGUUUUCAAGCCCUAUGAGCCGGUUUUUGCCGUCGUUCAGGUGGGUUCACAUCAGUUCAAGGUUAGCAAUGGGGACUGCAUUUUUACCGAAAAAUUGAAAUUCUGCGAAGUGAAUGAUAAGUUAGUAUUGAACAAGGUUCUCAUGCUGGGUUCAAGCAGUCAGACAAUAAUCGGUAGGCCCAUAUUACCAGACGCAGCAGUUCAUGCCGUUGUUGAGGAGCAUGCAUUAGAUGCAAAGGUAAUUAUAUUUAAGAAAAAAAGGAGGAAGAAUUACCGUCGAACCAAAGGACAUCGCCAGGAAUUGACUAAGUUGAGGAUAGUUGAUGUUCAAGGGAUUGAGAAACCAGAGCCUGUAGUCACUGAAAAGCCUUCAAAGGCACCUGGAAAGAAAACGGAAAAGGUUGCAGUCGCUGCUUAGGAUAGACGUUCACUAUCGCUGAACAUUAGCAAUAAUGGCACUCCGUUCAUAAUGCUGUGCUUUUACGGUGAGCACGAUCAGAUUCCUCUGUUCCUCCAUGCACAUUUUUGGAUGUCAUUCAAAAUAGAAAAUUUAGAACCGAACCCGGGGGUAGUUGUUGCAGGAUUUGUGUCACAAAUCUUUGCCAUUCUGUAUUUAGAAGUGCAAAGUAUGAAAAACCCUGAGCUGAUUGAAUCAGUUUUGUUCCUCAUGGUCUUAAGUAAUCUUUCCUUUGUGCUCGAUCUUGACUCUUGUAACACGUGAACGAUGAUGCAACUCGUGCAUGAACCACGAGAGCGUUUCUUGCACAAUUCCUUGUACGGAAUGUCGCUGUUUUGUUCUCGUGUCAUAUAUGGAUGUUGGUCGAAACUUAGAUUGAAUCGAAAGUUGUAAGUUUUAUUGGUGGAAAUUAAGAUUGAAGUUGUAUCCUUUUUUCAGUUGAAUGAAGAGUAUGUGAAACACUAAGCUAA